AUCAGCCCACGGUACACAGUACAUGUAAAUAUAUAUGUAAUUUACUUAUAGUUUUGACACUGAAGUAUCACCUCUUAAACAGAUUCAUUAAAAUAUUAACAUUUUAAUCCACAUGAAAGGGGGAUUUAUAGCAGAACUUGUCAUAUACUGCAUUGAUUUUACCCAGGUAUGCCUAAUAAAAUUGCAUGCGAGUAUUAAAUAUGUUAAAUGUAUUAUUCUCUGUUUUCAGCAGGACACACAAGGACUGGAGAACACAGAAUCAACAAAUGGACACAUAAGUGGUUCUGAAUCAAUACAAGACAAAGCUCGACUGAGUGGCUGUAACCUCUCAGAGAAAAGCUGUGAGGCUCUGUCCGAAGUUCUCAGCUCCCAGUCCAUCAGUCUGAGAGAACUGGACCUGAGAAACAACAACCUGCAGGAUUCAGGAGUCAAGUGGCUGUCUACUGGACUGAAGAGUCCACACUGUACGCUGGAAACUCUCAGGCUGUCAGGCUGUCUGGUCACAGAGGAUGGAUGUGCUUCACUAGCCUCAGCUCUAAGCUCCAACCCAUCCCAUCUGAAAGAGCUGGACCUGAGCUACAAUAACCCCGGAGAGUCAGGAGUAAAGCUCCUGUCUGCUGGACGAGAGGAUCCACUCUGGAACCUGAAGACUCUCAGGGUGGAGCCUGGUGGAGUCAGGUGGUUGAGGCCAGCUCUGAGGAAGUAUUCGUGUGAGCUCACACUCGACGCAAACACAAUAAACAGAAAGAUCACGCUGUCGGACAACAACAGAAAGAUGUCACACGUGGACGAGGAUCAGCCGUAUCCUGAUCAUCCAGACAGAUUUGACUACUGGCCUCAGCUGUUGUGCAGUGAUGGUCUGACCAGGCGCUCGUACUGGGAGGUCGAGUGGAGUGGAAGACUCCACAUAGCGGUGACUUACAGAGGGAUCAACAGGAAAGGAAAUGGAUACGACUGUCUGUUUGGAAGGAAUGAUCAGUCCUGGAGUCUGGUCUGCUCCGAUACUAUUGGUUACUCUGUGUGGCACAAUAACAAAGCGACAUACAUCACCUCCUCCUCCGCCUCUGACAGAGUAGCAGUGUAUGUGGACUGUCCUGCUGGCACUCUGUCCUUCUACAGAGUCUGCUCUGACACACUGAUCCACCUGCACACUUUUGACACCACAUUCACAGAACCUAUUUAUCCUGGGUUUAGGUUCUGGUCUGACAGGCCUGGGUCCACAGUGUGUCUGUGCUCUCUCGAAGAGGGAGAGUCUCCUCUCCUAGUUUGAUCACAGCUGAUGUAAAUUGUCAGACCAGGACAGGAAUGAGGACUCAGAGGAUAUAACGAUUAAGCACACUUUAUUGAAGUCAAGUUCUUCUUAGAAGAGUGAUGAAAUGAAAGGGCUAUGUAACUCUGUCUAUUCUUAAGAGACCUGGCUAAAAUGACAGGGCAUAAACACUUCCCAAAAGAGGGAAAAACACAUUAAAGGGAGGGAACAAGAUUAUAUACAAACAAGGAAAACAGAAGACUAUUCAAGAAAUGAAACUCACAAGGAGGACAAUAAAACACUAGAUAAUAAACAUAAAACACUCCCGAAGGAGGAAAACCAAAUCUAAACAAAUGGGAUCAACAGAAAAAGGCUCACCUAAACAGGGGCUCUACUAAUAUCUAAUGCUCUAACAAAAAAAAAAAA